UUCAGUUCAGUAUUUCGUCCGGUUGUGUGUCGUUAGUACGUUUGUACGCAGCAUUUUAAAUACUAUAAAAUUAAUUUAUAUUUAUUAGUAAAAUUGCGUAAAGUUUGUAUUUAAUUUAUGGGAAGAUUUAAAAUUGAUUUGUUUAUAAUUGUUUUUGACAUUGUUUGAUAAUUUCAUAUUGAACAUCAUGGAUUAUGUGAGCGGUUGGUGUAAAAGUAAAAGAACUUUGGACGGAUACACUGUCGUGAUAACCGGCGGGAACACUGGCAUAGGAAAAGAAACUGCUAUAGAUUUGUUUAAAAGAGGCGCAAGAGUUAUUCUAGCAUGUCGCGAUAUCACGAAGACAGAAAAGGCGAAAGAGGACAUCCUAAAAGAGAUGAACGCUGAACACAAAGGAUCGGUAGCUGUAGAAAAGCUCGACCUCAGCAGUUUGAAAUCGGUCCGCGAAUGCGCUUUACGAAUAUUGGCCAACGAACCCAAAAUCAACAUCCUCAUCAACAACGCUGGGGUCAUGAUGACACCUAAAAACACAACGCAGGAUGGCUUCGAGAUACACAUAGGCACGAACCACUUUGGACAUGCUUUGUUCACCUUGCUACUACUGCCUAGAAUAUUAGAAACUGCGGAGUCUACUCCAGCAAGAAUUGUCACCGUGGCGUCUUUCGCGCACAUCUUUUCCAAUUUUGAUUUUAAUGAUGUGAAUAUUGAGAACAGUUUCUAUUUACCCGCAAAGGCGUACAGCAGAAGUAAAGCUGCUAACAUAUUAUUCUCAAGGGCUCUUCAUUUAAAACUUAGAGAGCACAACAUACAAAACGUGAACACAUACAGCUUACACCCAGGCACAGUGGGGACUGAGCUGGGCAGGGACUUCGACAAAACCAUAUUCUUCGGGACGACAUGGCUGUUCAACAAUGUUAUACGAUGGUUCAUCCGGUCACCGCGCAGUGGGGCACAGACGACGAUUUACUGCGCCAUCGACGAGGCUUGUGACAACGAAAGCGGCCUUUACUAUGAUAAUUGUGCAGUUUCCCGGACGUACUGGCAGUGUAGAAACGAUGCGGCGGCGCUUAAACUUUGGAAUUUGACCCUUGAGAAACUGGAACUGCAAGAUCCAUUCGCUACAAAAAACUGAUAUAAUUCUAUAUCCUGCACGAAUUAAUUAAAUACGAUUUAUUGUGUUCACAUGUUAAUUAAUUAAAUAAAUAGCUUUUUUACGUUUCAUUA